AUGACCUCUGCCCACCCCCGGCAGGCCGUGUACAUGUUCUAUGCUCUGGCGCUCGUCUGUGACGACUAAUUUGUUCCGUCGCUGGAGAAGAUCAGCGAGUGGCUGCACCUCAGCGAAGAUGUGGCAGGUGCAACUUUCAUGGCAGCCGGAAGUUCCGCCCCUGAACUCUUCACUUCAAUUAUCGGAGUUUUCAUCACCAAGGGCGAUGUGGGCGUGGGCACCAUCGUGGGCUCUGCCGUCUUCAACAUCCUCUGUAUCAUUGGCAUCUGCGGGAUCUUUGCUGGUCAGGUCAUCCGUCUGUGCUGCUGGGCCCUGCUGAGAGACUCUGUGUACUACACAAUGUCUGUGGUGGCGCUCAUCCUGGUCAUCUAUGACGAGAAGGUCUCCUGGCUGGAGUCUCUCGUACUGAUCCUGAUGUACUUGCUCUACAUCCUCAUCAUGAAGUUUAACACACAUGUUCAGAGUUACUUUGAACGAAGGAACAAGGGAACCUGUUCUGUGAACCUGCUUAACGGGACUACCAGCACCGCAGACGUGGAUGAUGCCGCCACUGUACUGCUUAGCAAAGGCAGGUUCCUCACCCCGGCAUCGGUGCUCAUGGUGGACGAGUUGCUCUCAAUGCAGCCCCACCAGCUGUCCUUCUCGGAAGCCAGCAUGCGCGUUAUGAUCACGAGCCACUUCUCCCCUCGUACCCGCAUCUCCAUGGCCUCUCGCAUGCUCAUUUCUGAGAGGCAGCGUCUCAUCAGUGCUAGAUCCCUCAGUAACAGCGACUCAGACGUCACUGUGAAAGUCCCGGGGAGGCGGAGUUUGGACAGCGGGCUGCCUGGCAUGGAGAGGGGACUGAAGGGCCGCUGCGGGUGGGACGCUGACGAGGACGGGCGGGGCCUGGAGACGGGGACCAACACAGAGAACAAGGACUACAAGAAUGAUGAGGAGGAAGAAGAAGAUGAGGAAGACAAAGGCCUUUUUGUGCCCUUUCAUGUCCCAGCACGCUCCUGUGACAAGCUCCAGUGGCUGCUGUCCUGGCCGCUGUGCCUGCUGCUCUUCCUCACCGUGCCUAACUGCACAUCUCCACGCUGGCAGCGCUGCUUCGUGCUCACCUUCUUGACGUCCACGCUGUGGAUUGCCGCCUUUUCAUACGUCAUGGUGUGGAUGGUCACCAUCAUCGGCUUCACGCUGGGCAUUCCAGACGUCAUCAUGGGCAUCACCUUCUUGGCUGCCGGGACCAGUGUGCCCGACUGCAUGGCCAGCCUCACUGUGGUGCGACAAGGUCUCGGCGACAUGGCCGUGUCCAACUCCAUCGGGAGCAACGUGUUCGACAUCCUCAUGGGGCUCGGGCUACCCUGGACCAUAAAGACCUUGGUCAUUGACUACGGCUCCUACAUCCACAUAAACAGCAAGGGGCUCAUCUUCUCCGUGGAACUUUUGCUAGCAUCCGUGUUCCUCGCAGUUCUAGGCGUUCACUUGAACAAAUGGAAGCUGGACCGAAGACUGGGGCUCGGGUGCCUGCUUCUGUAUUCGGUCUUCCUGUGCUUCUCCAUCCUCAUCGAGUUCAACAUGUUCACCUUCAUCAACAAGCCCACCUGUCACAACCUGUGAAGACCUGCUGAUCCAACCCGCUACGACGACCUGGAACAGAAAGAGCCGUGUUGGUGACUGACGCCAGCCUUCAUGUGAAAACCUUUUGGUAUUUGGUGUGACCCAAUUAUGACAUUAUUUAUCACUCUAUAUUUCCACAUUUUCUACUGCUGCAAAUAAGCUGGAGGUAAAGUGUGAAAAAGGCUCUUAUGUUCCCUUUGUCCAGUCUGUGCUGUUCUGGAGCUUGCUGGAAAUUCACUUUAUGGACAGAUAAAGGUACAGGCCACUGUGUGUGUGUGUGUGUGUGUGGGUGGGUGGAGAAGCAUGCACCCACUCACUC